AUGCUUCCCCACAAGACCAAGCAUGGUCAGGCUGCCUUGGAACACCUUAAAGUGUUCAAUGGCAUUCCCCCACCCUAUGAAAAGCAGAAAUGCAAAGUUGUCCCAGCUGCUCUCAAAGUGGUCAGACUGAAGCCAACGAGAAAGUUUGCUUAUCUGGGGUGCCUGGCCCAUGAGACUGGCUGGAAGUAUCAGGCAGUGAAUGCUACCUUGGAAGAGAACGGGAAGGAGAAAGCUAAGAUCCAUUAUGGAAAGAAAAAGAAGCUCACGAAACUACGCAAGCAAGCUGAGAAGAAUGUGGAAGGCAAAAUACACAAAUACACAAAAGUGCUGAAGAAACACGGGCUUCUGGUGUGA